AUGUCUGCCUCCAACUCCAACGGAAUCGCCAAGUCCUCCAAGGCCAAAACCACCAAUGCCGGAUCCUCUGGAACCCCAACUCAAGAAGCUCCAACUGACACCGUCAUGGAGGAUCUCUCGUCCGGACCACUGCUUCUACUUCCGAAAGCAUGUUAUUCGCUUCGACGUCUUUGCUCAUCCCUUUUGUCUAUUAGGUACGGAAAUGUCGAAAAACUUUUUUUUUCAAUUUCUUGA